AUGAUGUCCUCCUCCGGACACAGCGGCGGCGAGAGCCCUGCAGACGGAGCUGAUCCGCGGUCCAUGUCGGAGACGCCGUGUGCCAUGCAGCCCGGGGUCCUCCCUCUUCUCGGGAGGCCAUACUUCACAUGCAUCCUCUGCAAGUCUCAUGUCCACCAGCCGUUUCAAGUGGUGGUCCCCAGGUCGCUGGCGCCGUUCCUCCCGGCGACCACGGUGCCAGCGAAGGUGACAUGGCACGGCCGGUCCUGGGAGAUGCGGUUCACGGGUGCCCGGCAGAUCCAGCGCCUGGAGGCCGGGUGGCGGGGCUUCGCGCUGGACAAUGACCUCAAGCUCGGCGACGGGUGCGUCUUCGAGCUGCUCGACGGCAAGGCGGAGGGCGUGGUGUUCAGGGUGCAGGUGCUCCGCGCCGACAUCCCCGAGGAGAUCCGGGAGCGCGCCGGCGGGUACACCUCGUCCACCCCGAUCCUUAUCGACUAG